AUGGGCUUCUCUAACGCAAUUCCUUCUUCUAGGAAGGCUGACGCCAACGCACAAGACCCGUCGUCUUCGCAUUCCUCGCCUGUUCAUCAGCUGGAAGGAAAAGAUGACGAGCCGGCCGCUGUCCAUCAAGAAGAGUCGGUGGACGCCAAUAGGAAACGACCGCGCCCUUUUGGUCCAGUCGCGACAGGUGGCGGCGACACGGCGCAGGCCCUCUUCGACGGCGACGAUGCCUCCCUAGAACCGUACACGGCCGACGAAGAGAAGCAGCUGGUCCGCAAGAUCGACUUCAUGAUUAUCCCGUACCUCGCCGUAUGCUAUGCCUUCUUCUACAUUGACAAGACGACCCUGUCGUACGCGGCCAUCUUUGGCAUCCGCGAAGACCUAGACCUCGUCGGCACCGACUACAACUGGCUCUCGUCCAUGUUUUACUUUGGCUUCUUGGCCUGGGCAUUCCCAACCAACUUCCUCAUGCAGCGCCUGCCCAUCGCACGCUACCUGGGCGCCAACAUCUUCCUCUGGGGCGUGCUCCUUAUCGUCCAGGCCGGCGCCACCAACUUCGCCACCCUGGCCGUGCUGCGCGCUCUCUCCGGCGCGGCCGAGGCCUGCUCCGACCCGAGCUUCAUGCUCAUCACCUCUAUGUGGUACACACGACGCCAGCAGCCCGUCCGCAUCGGCCUCUGGUACACGGCAAACGGCUUCGGUAUCGCGCUGGGUGGCCUCUUGGGCUUUGGCAUCGGGCAGAUCCGCGGCAGCCUGCCGAGCUGGAAGUACGAGUUCAUCAUCAUCGGCAGCCUGUGCUGUGCCUGGGGCAUCACCCUGUUCCUCCUGCUUCCCGACUCGCCCGUCACCGCGCCGCUGCUGUCGGUCCGCGAGCGCCGCAUCGCCGUCGAGCGCCUGCGCGAGAACCAGACUGGGGUCGAGAACAAGCAGUUCAAGCCGUAUCAGCUGCGCGAGGCCCUGCGCGACCCCAAGACCUACCUCUUCCUCCUCAUGGGCGUGCUGCAGAACACGCCCAACGGCGGCAUCAGCAACUUUGGCACCCUCAUCAUCGAAGGGUUCGGCUUCAGCACCCUCGUGACCGCCCUCAUGCAGAUUCCCUAUGGAUGUCUCAUCGCCCUCUCCAUCCUCAGCUGUGUGUUUCUGAACGACUACUUUUCUGUCAAGCUGCGCCGCCACACCCGCUGCUGGUUCGCCGUCCUGUACACGCUGCCCAAUGUCGCCGGCGCCUUUGGGCUGCGUUUUGUCCCUACGGAUCGCCAUAUCGCCAGGUUGUGGUGCUAUUACCUGACAGGGCCUUAUAAUGCCUCUUUUGUGUUGAUUCUGAGCCUUGCUACGGCUAACACGGCUGGGCACACAAAGAAGGUCGUGACCAACGCUUUUCUCUUCCUGGGAUAUUGUAUUGGAAACAUCAUCGGCCCGUUCUUCUACAAGACCGACCAGGCCCCGACGUACCCCCUUGGGAUUGACAGCAUGAUAUUCUGCCACCUGACCGAGCUGGCGGUCAUACUCGCCUUCCGGUGCCUUCUCAGCUGGGAGAACAAGCGGCGCGAUCGGAAAAUGAGGACGAGCACGGGCAGCGAGGAAGAUGAGGCACCAAGGACGCAACCCAAUCUGGACGAGACAGCGUUCAGGGAUAUGACAGAUCGGGAGAAUCCCAAUUUUCGAUAUGUCUAUUGA